AGGUCUUUCAGUAUGCAUAUUGGAAUAGGGUUUGCUUCUCUCAGCUCCAGAAACUGAAUUUGAGGUAUUCCUGUGUGCUCCUCAGGACCAGAAUGAUGCUCAGCAUGCCAGGAAUUCCAGGGCUUCUCUUCCUUCUCCUCCUCCUGCUCUGUGUUGUUGGGCAAGGGAGUUCCUACGAAGCCUCCUGGAAACCCACUUGGCCUGCUUACCGCCUUCCUGUUGUCCUACCCCAGUCCACACUCAACUUAGCCAAGCCAGACUUUGGGGCAGAAGCCAAAUUGGAAGUGUCCUCCUCGUGUGGACCCCAGUGUCACAAAGGAACUCCACUGCCUACAUAUGAAGAGGCCAAGCAGUACCUGUCUUAUGAGACGCUCUAUGCCGAUGGCAGCCUCACAGAGACCCAAGUGGGCAUUUACAUCCUCAGUGAUGGUAGACGUGGGGCUCAAAACCGAGACUCGGAGUUAUCGAGAACGUCUCGGAGGAAGCGACAGAUUUAUGGCUAUGACAGCAGGUUCAGCAUUUUUGGGAAGGACUUUCUGCUCAACUACCCUUUCUCAACAUCAGUGAAGUUAUCUACAGGCUGCACCGGCACCCUGGUGGCAGAGAAACAUGUCCUUACAGCUGCACACUGCAUACACGAUGGAAAAACCUAUGUGAAAGGAACUCAGAAACUUCGAGUGGGCUUCCUGAAGUCUAAGUUUAAAGAUGGUGGCCGAGAGACUAACACCUCGAGCUCAGCCACACCAGAGAAGAUGAAAUUUCAAUGGAUCCGGGUAAAACGCACCCAUGUGCCCAAGGGCUGGAUCAAGGGCAAUGCCAAUGAUAUUGGCAUGGAUUAUGACUAUGCCCUCCUGGAACUGAAAAAGCCUCACAAGAGAAAGUUCAUGAAGAUUGGGGUGAGCCCUCCUGCUAAACAGCUGCCAGGGGGCAGAAUCCACUUCUCUGGCUAUGACAAUGAUCGACCAGGCAACUUGGUAUAUCGCUUCUGUGAUGUCAAAGAUGAGACCUAUGACCUGCUUUACCAGCAGUGCGAUGCCCAGCCUGGGGCCAGUGGCUCAGGGGUCUAUGUGAGAAUGUGGAAGAGACAGCAACAGAAGUGGGAGCGAAAAAUUAUUGGCAUCUUUUCAGGGCACCAGUGGGUGGACAUGAAUGGUUCUCCACAGGAUUUCAAUGUGGCUGUUAGAAUCACCCCUCUCAAGUAUGCCCAGAUUUGCUAUUGGAUUAAAGGAAACUACCUGGAUUGUAGGGAAGGAUAGUGUUUCUUCCUGGCAGCACUUAAUGGUCUUUAUGUACUCACUGUAGGAGAGGCCAAGUUUUAUCAUUGGCAUGUGUGUGUGUGUGUGCGCGUGUGCGUGUGCGUGUGCAUGUAAUAUGCCAUGACUUCCUUUCUCAAAAUGCAGAAUGACUAGCUUUAUUAAAAAUCGGUUUGUGUAUCAUCACUUAAGCAGUUUGAAAGCAUACUUUUGCAUAGAAUUUUUUAAAAUGCUGUUUGGGCAAUAGGGAUAUUUAGCAAUUAAGUUAAUGUUUCACUGAGAACUUUUGAUUUUUUAUUUCAUCUGAUCUUAUUUCAAAAGUUUAUAUUAAAUAAGUGGCAUACAGGAAAUAUAAAUUCUGUGUGUAUGUAUGUGAUUUCUUAGAUUUAUAUCUUGAUUUUUUUUAAUGUCUGAUUAAUAAUGCUUCGAGAUGGUAGUGGUCAUACUAUAUACAAUUUUAUAAAUUUUCAUAAAACUUCUUAGAUAGUUGUAACAUUCUGGAUUGGUAGGCACCUACGUAAUGGUCCUUGGGUAAUUUAUUGGCUAUAUUAAACUGUAUCUCACAGUAAACAAGUAACCCAAACUGCUCUUAAUUUUAAAAAUAGUCUUAUCUUCCAAACACUGUUGUUCUGCUUUGUGGGAAAUCUUUCAACAUGACUCUGCCAACUUUGCAGUCACACUAGAGCUUACAAGAUCAUUUUUCCUAAUUCUGCCAUUUAACAAGAGUUCACUCACAUUUCUAGAGCUAGCUAUUUUCCAAAUGACAGUAAUCAGGGCCUAAUUAGAACAGCCUGUAUUGCUUCCUAGCUAACAGUUGUGGGCACAAUAAAAACAAGCACAGCAUUUUACCCCUGGAGUGUCACACAUCUCAUGUUUUAUCAUUUGGAUAGAGUAAUUGAAAAUGAAUCAAAUUCCAGAGAACAAUGGAUGCAUUGCUAAGCAGAUGUCUCAACAGAAUAACCACUUGUUUGAAGCCCGGCACAGUCACACAGCCUAAUCAAAAUUAUUCUGCAGAGUUUUGUGUGUGCUUUCGGAGAGCUGAGUAGUUGUUUGAUAUGGAAACUUUCUCACUAUACUUGUUUUGUAGUAAAAAUACUUGGAAAUUGCUUUAAGAUGUACCAGUAUGCCUCUCCCCUCCUGCGCUGUAAAAAGGCACCUUUUUCUGGAAUACUUUAGGCUAUAGGCACAUAUGUAAUCAGAUGCAAGAGUAAAAAAUGAAAAUUGGGAAAUGCAAAAUGCGUGAAGAUCAUGUACUCCAAUAAAUGCUUUAUAAAUAUGAUAAUCAUAGCAUAUAAAGAAAAAACUUGAAUUUCUUCUAUGCUUUUGAGUCGCAGCCUAAACACUUUUUAAGUGUAAAAGUAGACAAAAAGCAGCAAAAGGAAUAUGAGAUAAUUUUUGUGUUCUUGUACCCUGGGUAAUUUCAGCCUAUAUUGUGGCUCUGAAGACACUCAAAUAUAGCAGAGUCACUAAAAUAUGCUGGUGGCUUGUGAUUUUUGAGCUUUUAAAAAGGAUAAUCUUGAUCAGGCACUCAAGACAUGUACAACCAUGUGCUUUCGUCAAUUUGCAUAAGAAAUACUGCCUAUAGUGCAAAGAUGCAGAGACACCAGAAAUCUUCUGAGUUCACUACAAUUUGCUUUGGAAUCUAACAGGAAUCUUGCCUGAGGAAGAAGAGAGGUCUCCAUUUCUAAGUCUGGUAUUUGGGGUUUUCUGUUUGCUUUGCCUGAUGAAAAAAACCAUAACUGAUUUUUUGAUAGAUGUUCCUUUUACAAAACUUGCCCUUUUGACUUUGAUUUCUUACAAAGUUAGACAGUGGCACAAAACUCAAUAUCAAUGCUUAGUUCACAGGAAGUUCUAAUUUCUAAACUAAAGUUCUAAUUUACUAAUUUACUAAAGUACCCAUGUGCUCUAUAUAGCAUCAUUCAUAGGCCUGUAAAAUUGUAAUUUAAUGUGUGCCUUUUCUGUGGUAAUAGAAGAAAGUAUGUUAUUUGACUAUCAUAAUUGUGGGGAAAGCACUCAUGAUAUUAAUAUAACUGGUAUUUUACAUGUACUAGUUAUGUAUACUGUAAGCAUAUAUUUCUAGCAAGGAAAGGAAAACAACAUUUCUCAUGAUAUAUCACACUUGCCCUUCCAAAAAUAAAGAGUACUUUCAUCAAUUAGGGAAGAGAUGCCUGUCAAUAUUCCCUUUUUUUAUCAGGGGUUCAUAUACCUGCUUGCACAUUAAAAACUCUAGAAAAUUCUGUAGUAAAGAGACUUGUUCAUAUUUUUAAAUCUGUAUUUCAAUAAAUAUCUUUGGUCACAAAACCCUUGUUUUCUUCC